AUGGCGAUCACCGUUUGCAGUGGGGCCCUCCACACCAGGGCUCACACCAGGACUCUUUGCUGGGACUUCAAUGACCCCAGGGACCCCAAGCCGGCCGUCUACGUGCCUCUGUCGACGCCCGCGCCCGCAGCGCCUGUUCCAGCAAGUCCCAGCUCCGACGAUGAGGAAGACACCGAUGAGGAAAUAUUGCCGCCCAAUGAGGUCGACCCGGUCAAAGCCUGCCCCGGUAUGGGAGCCACUGCGUUGUACAAACUCGAGAUGCAGAUCAGAGAUUUAGAAACAUACGCACCAGGACAGAUGGAGUAUUCUGCCACUCAUGGCCCUGAGGGCUCGUUUCGGAUGCGUUUGAAAGUCUAUCCGCAGGGCGUCGGCCCCCAUGCCGGGUCGCUAGGCGCAUUCCUCGAGCUCAUCCCGCCUUCGCACAUGGCUGAGAGUGAGUGGUCUUGCCCUGAUGUAAGAUUUGACAUCGCGGCCCUGCACGGUGGGUAUCAUGGGGAGUGGUGGAAACGGGAGGCUACAAGCCACACAUUUACAUCCGCCAGUCCUAGCCUGGGCUGGGAUAACUUCGUGCGCGACCCGAGCGGAUGGCUGAGCAACGGGGAGCUACUGCUCGAAGCUUCUGCCAGACUGCCAACGAGGCAGAGCUUCCAUGAAGCUCCGAGCUGCAGCUACCCAACCAUGGACUUCACGCAAGAGCCGGCUUUCAUUACCUUCCGCGUGCGCGAUGCCCCGCUGAUCUUCUUUGACAAGCGGAUUCUCAUAGCACGCUCGGACUACUUCCGGGACAUGCUCUCCGAGCCCAGGUUCAAGGAAGCACAGACCAACGAGAUCGAUCUGCGUUCGGAUCCCAACGCCGACGUUCGCUCGGUCAGCGCCAUCCUCACGUUCUUCAUGUCCGAGACUUUCUUGGCGCAGGGAGAUGAGCUCCUGGCCUUCUCCGUGCGCCGCCUCGCCGACCGCUAG